AUGUUGGAGAAAACCCCCCGGCUGCCAGUGCGGCAGCUGGUCAUUCUCUCAAUAUGUCGCUUCGCAGAGCCUGUCGUUAUCACCUCUGUCCUUCCCUAUCUCCCCGAAAUGAUCGAAUACGUUGGCGUGCCCAAAAGCGAUGUCGCCAAAUGGGUCGGCAUCACCUCGGCCGUGGCCUCCAUCUGCCAGGCCGCCAUGGCCGUGUCCUGGGGCACAGCAUCCGACUCGGUCGGCCGUAAACCCAUCAUCCUAAUCGGACUCACCUGCACCAUGUUCUUCUCGCUGAUGUUCGGCUUCUCCCAAACCCUGGGCAUGUUGGUCGUAUCGCGCGCGUUUCUCGGUCUGAUGAACGGGAACGUGGGGAUUAUUCGCACCAUGGUGGCGGAGAUGGUUCCGGAGAAGGAGUUGCAGCCGAGGGCGUUUAGUAUCAUGCCGUUGGUGUGGACGAUUGGAAGUAUUUUUGGCCCGGCGUUUGGCGGCGCUCUUGCUCGGCCGGCAGAGAAACAUCCGGAUUUGUUUGGAGAUUCGGUGUUUUUGAGAAGAUAUCCGUUUGCGUUGCCGAAUAUUGCCUCGGCGUGCUUUUUUGUCGUGGGGAUUACGACGGGGUUUUUGUUCUUGCAGGAAACGUUGGCUGCGAAGAAAAAUCAUCGUGAUUAUGGGUUGGUGCUGGGCGAGGCCCUGACGAGCUCGUGUGCUUCGCGACGAAAGUCGCAUGUGCAGGAUGGCGAAAGGGCUGCGCUGUUGGGGCCCCGGAAGAAGAAGCCGGUUAAGCGGCCCAGUUGGGCAGAGGUGUUCUCGCCACAGUCGCGCCGGGUUUUGUUGGCGUAUGCGCUCAUGUCGAUGCAUACGAUGGCGUUUGACUCGUUGCUGCCGGUAUUUCUGCAUAAUCCGGUGCAGGAGUUUGAGGGGAACCCGGACGUGCGAUUGCCGUUCAAGUUUGUGGGCGGGUUUGGCGUGGAUUCCCAAACCAUCGGCAUCUUUUACACCCUUAUUGGCAUCAUCGGCAUGGUCGUCCAGUUUCUGGUAUUCCCGUGGGCUGCGAAACGCUACGGGGUGCUCAAUUGCGUCAAGGUCGUGGCAACGGUCUUCCCAAUCCUGUACCUGCUGACCCCAUUCACGGCACUCGUGCCUGAGCCACUGCGCAACAUAACAGUAUUCUUCCUCAUGCUGGGGAAACUGUCGGCGUCGAUCUUCGGGUUCCCGUGUACAACGAUCCUGUUGACCAACUCGGCCACGAGUCUGAGUGUGCUGGGCACAUUGAACGGCGUGGGCACGAGUGUGAGUGCCAUUGGACGGGCCGUGGGGCCGGCAGUGACGGGGCAGGCGUUCACGUAUGGAGUCAAGCAGGGAUAUAUUCUGAUUCCGUGGUGGAUGCUAGCGGUGUUUGGGGCGUUGAGUGCGAUUCCAGUGUUUUAUACGGAAGAGUCGGAUGGGUUUCAUGCGGAGGAGGAGGAGGUUGAUGCUAAUGAGGGGGAGGCAGAGGUAGAAGAAAGAGAAGAAGGACAAGGAUAUGGAGCAACUGCGGUGAGUGCCCGGUAA